UAUCUUUUCUUAAAAGGGUAAGCUUUAUGAUAAUUAUUAAUACGAUAAACUGUAUAAUUUUCUUAAAAGUGAUUAUUUUAUUAUAUUUUACUAUAUUUCAAAAUUUAUUUAGUUAUUUAAUUCACUAUCCAAUAAUAAUGGCAAAAGCUUAUAUAGAAUUAUACCGAAAAUAUAGAAGGAAGAAAUAAUGCGAUAAACAUAGAUUCCUGCAACUAUUGUUAUCUAUCAACGGAUAUUUUAAUGGUAUUGUAUAUCGACUAUUAUACUAUGUAUAGUUAUUAGCUAUAGCUGUAGAAAAAAGUGGGUGCAUACGUUCGUUUUUUUUUCGUUAAUGCUACAUCUACCUAUUAUUAAGUUUUUUGUUCACGAAUUAUUACCUGCAGUGGUCGACACUGAAGUGAUGGAAACGUCCAGCGAGGGUGAAUAAUUAAUACACAUUGUUACAGGUGGAUCGUAUAUUCGUUUUCUCCAAAAUGAUUGUUGAGAGCAUGCGCGAGAAAUGUUUUUUACAAGGUUACGUCGAUUCAUGUGAGAGGAACAGACGUCAGUCUCUAUACAAUAUUCGAUAGAUUUUGAAUGGGCAGUGAAACUGAAUCGUUUCACUUUAAAUUUGAUUGGACUGUGGCCUAAUAGUGCACAAACUUCUCGACAAAAAUUAAUGUGCAAUUUUCGAGUGCUCGCUGUUUUUUUGAGUAUAACGUUUGGUCUGCUUAUUCCUCUUCUACAUUCUUUGACAAGAAUUUUUGGAAACCUUGUAUUAAUGCUAGAUAAUUUACAAUUUACUCUACCAUUGAUGAGUUGCUCGAUAAGAAUCGCAAUUUUCUGGUGGAAGAAAGAAGCUAUCGUACCGAUCAUGAAUAUGAUCCUGGAGGAUUGGUUAAAGUUAAAAAGUGUGCAAGAGAGAAACUUAAUGAUCAGAAGAGCACGAAUUUCACGCAUAAUUAUUAUAUUCUCAUAUUGCAUAAUGGGAACAACAUGCUUUUUUGUUAUCAUUCUACCUAUCUUUGGAAUAUCGAUGAGAACUAUGACCAAUAUUACUGAUCCAGGCAAACCAUUGCCUUUACAAACUCAUUUCAUUUACGAUGUAACAAAAAGUCCACAGUAUGAAUUGACAUAUAUUAGCCAAUCUAUUUAUAUUAUUUUCGCUAUGAUGUCUUAUAGUGGAAUUGAUAAUUUUCUUGGAUUAAUGGUUUUCCAUAUAUGUGGUCAGUUAGACAUUUUGAAGAAUCGUUUAACAAGUUUUGAUAAAUAUAUAAACUCUCACGAGAUACUAAAAAGUUGUAUAACAAGACAUAUCUACUUGCUUAGAGCUAUUGACAUUAUUGAAGAUGCGUAUAAUAUAAUUCUUCUUUUCUUAUUUGUAUAUUUUGCGAUACUCUUCGCUUUUUAUGGUUUUAUGAUAAUGUCUCUAUUUGAUGAAGGAAAUGAUAUAUCACUCUCUCAUUUGGCAUACUUUGUAUCCACUGUAAUUAAUAUAUUUGCACAUAUGUGCUUAUAUUGCGCUGUUGGUGAGAUUUUAGUUGCCAAGUGUAAUAAAAUAUAUUAUGCGGCAUAUAGUAAUAAAUGGUACGCUAUGAGUUUACAAGUACUUCGAAGCUUGUUGUUUCUAAUGAUAAGAGGCUCUAAACCGGUCUAUCUUACUGCUGGAAAAAUAUUUCCUUUAACGAUGACAACAUUUUGCAGUUUAUUAAAAACAUCAGUUGGAUAUAUAUCGGUUUUGCAUACAGUACGAAGUUAAUACUAAAGUUAAUACUAAAGGUAAACUUGAAUUUUUUUUGAUAAUCAAAUUUUUAUGAAAACGAUAGAAACUGUAAUAACUAUAUAUAAGUAUUAAUAUCUAAUUCCUAAUUGUAGAUUUUAUUACAGGAAUUUAUUGAAAAUAGCUAGGAAUUUUAUUAAAUAAUAGAUGAAAUCUGGAAUUAAAUUCAAACCUGAAUCAUGUAAUCCGUAAAUAUUUAUAUUUCUAAAACAUUGUUUAUCUCUCAUGUUAUUUAAUAUUAAAUAAAGCAUAAUUAUUGUAA